ACUCAGUUCGCACGUCGAUCACCCCCGCUCCCUUCUUACGGCUGGAGACCAAAGACCAGACCUCGUUCAACCAAGUUUGCAAACCCAUCUACUCUCAUCGCCUAAUGGUCUCUUUCUAUCCGACUCUACCUUUCAUCUCCGUCGCUGUGCGUAGCUGAUGUACAGCAAUGUGGCAGUUAGUGCUUCUCAGCCAGGUCAUUCCGGCCUUUGGGGCUCUGGCCAAGGAAUUCGAGGAGCGCGAGAUUUCGGACCAGAGCCUGGCCGACGACGCCCGGGACUGCUACUCAGACAUUAUCAGCAUAGGGCAGGCACUGUUCGUGUCUCGCGGAGAAUGGGCUCCCAGCGUUAGGGACGACGUCCUCAUGGGCCUCCUGGAGGCUCUCGAGACCAGGCUGCCCAAGGGUUGGGGCCCUAGCCUCUUCUACUUCACCGCAUCGACCUCGGCUGGGGAACAAGACGAGGAGGGCAGGUUCCCACGACUAAAGGACCUGUCCAAGUCCCUGAGGUCGAAUGACCUCGGGGGUUUCGACGAGUGCCUCGAAUUGCCCUCUCAGCCCGGCGAGGUGCGCGAUGAAUACCUGACCCUCGUGGGCCGCAAGGUGUCCCUAUUCCACAAGCGCGAGAGGCAGUCCAGGGCGGAGCGCCAAACGUUUGUCCGCCGCAUCAGACUUGCCGGAAAGCACCUUUUGGACGUGUACUGCAGAGAUACCUCCACCGCCGAUGUCGAAGAGUUCAACCUCUCGCAACAUCCCAGCCAUGGGAUGAAGGAGCUGGCCAACCGUCUUUACACUCUUCUGGAGCGGCACUGGAAUUGUCGCUGUCCUCAGCACCAACAGGCAGCCGGGCUGACUGGGAAGCGAGAGGCGAGGCUCAGCCUGAUACAAUAUCGCCAGCUGGCGCCCAAGGUGACAGCAAGUGAAGCACCGGCGCAGAGCUAUUGCCCUGCCAAGUUCGAGGUCCUCCUCCCUGUUUGCAGGGACAUCAUCGAGUGGAAGGUAACUAAUGUCGAGGUCAAGAGACAAACGGCCCAGUCAGUGGCCAGACCCGACCGGCACUUGGUCAGUGACGACAUCUGCCAGUGGCUAUUCGACAGCGACGGGUUCCAAGUCGACUUCGUGGCCGAGUACAACUCGCUAUGGCACCUCACGCCCAAUUUGCUCGACGGUGUCGCUGACAGCUAUACGGUCAUGGAGAGCCUCGACCAACUUCUGGGGGACGGUGCCGCCAUAUCGGAUGUCGCGAAAUACACGCCUCGGGAGAAGCUAACUCUGUGCUAUAUUCUCGCCAACUCCAUGCUGUUUCUGUAUCCGGGCUCCUGGUUUCACUCGACGUGGAGUAGUAUGAACGUCUACUUUGUCUGCCGCGCCAACGGCUCGAGUCAGUCGCCGGUGUCGUCGCCAGUGCUAACCUUCCCAUACCUAUCAGUCGAACUCCAACAGGCACAACAACAGAAGUCUCCAAGGCCCCACAUGCAAUACCACCCACACCCUGCCGUCCUGGCUCUCGGAAUCAUCUUUCUCGAGAUCGCCACGGGUGACAAAUUCAACAGGUCACAGGAGAAGGAGCAGUGGAAGGCGUUCAACUACGACGGCCUGCAUGCUUUGAAAAGGCUGGAAGAGUGUGAGGCACGGAGUGAGCGAGACCGGUCUAAACGCAUAUCGCCCGCCUUGUAUAAAGCCACUCGAUCCUGUCUGAAACUGGAACCGCCAUCCAACUUCCCAAGCCAAAGUCUCGCGCACGAGGGCCCGAUCCGACAGUAUAUAUUGUCAUGCAUCAUUCAGCCUUUGGCGUCGGAGCUCAGGGACGGAUACAAGGUCCGUCUCGAAGAACUUGGCAAGUUUCUCAUGUCAGAGAAGGCCAUGGAAAGCAGCAACAAGUCGACGGGCCAGCAUACAUGUAAACGGGGGACCACUGCCCGACGGCGGUCGUCGGCUGCCGCCGUCGACUUGUCUCUUGCCGAGCUCGAGGAGAGGGUAGAAAUUACGAUUGGAAAAAGACGCGAGAUUUGUCUUCUUGCAGACGGUCGGGACACGGACGGCGAAACACGAGUCGAUCCAGUCAAAGUAUCCAUGGCGGAGAGGUGGCUCGAAUAUCACAAAGAUGCCACCAGCCGCAUACGGAACGAGCUCCGCAACUCCACGCUCUGUGAUGCACAAAGGGUCAAGAUCGCCAUCUUGGACAGCGGCAUCGAGCUGUCAGGCACCCAAAAAGCCCAGUACGGCUUCGAUGCAAGGGUGCUGUAUCGCAGUUUUGUUGACCCGGAGAGGGCCAACACACAAUGGAAUGAUGAAGACGGCCACGGGACGCACCUCGCCGUCCUCCUCCGCGAGAUUGCGGAGAAUGCCGUCAUUUGCGUCGCGAGAGUCUUUAAGAAGAAGCCGCAUAUCGUCGAGUCAGCAGAAAGCAUUGCCAAGGCUCUCCGAUACGCCGUGGAUACGUGGCAGGUCGACAUUGUCGUCAUGUCCUUCGGCUUCGGAGAGGAAAACGGCACGGUCUCUGAAGCAAUUGACUACGCGGCAUCCAAGAAGGUGCUUAUGUUCGCGGCGGCCUCGAACGACGGCAAGAACCGUCCCGACGGAGUCGCGUGGCCGGCAUCUCGGACUGACGUGUUCUGUGUCCACGCGGCUGAUGGCUACGGCAACCCCUCGCUCUUCACACCGAGCCCCCAGGACAACAUGCGUGUCAUGGCCCUUGGGGAGUGCGUCCGCUCGGCCUGGCCACCGUUUCCAGAGAGCUCGAAGCGUAAGAUGCCCGACAACCGCAAACUCAUGAGCGGCACGUCAUGCGCCGCAGUCAUUACGGCGGGCAUUGCAGCCGUCGUUCUCGACUACGCGAGGGGUUACCUCGGCGAGCAGGAGUGGUGGCGUCUCCGGCGAUACGACUCCAUGUGGCGGAUGUUCAAGGAGCUCGGGGGUAAGGGUAGUACCACGGGAUACUGGUGGAUUAAUUAUUGGACCUUGUUUGACCCCAAGCGGAGGGCGCCGUGGAUAAAGGAAACCAUUAGGGGUUUUAUAGAGAGCUAGAUUAAGCGUGUAAUAUCAAGCCUGCAUGGGUAUAUGUGUAUCCGCGGGAUAUGGAAGCCGUUGUUGAAAA